GAGCAGCCACUCUGCUGGAACCCGAGCGAUGGAGCGGCCGGCGCCCUGAGCGCGGGGCGCGGACCCAGCAAAACAAGGACGCGAAGGCCAGAGAGCCAGGGAGCAGCGAGACAGAGAGGACAUCUAGGGACAGCGGAAGCAGAAGCCGGGAAGGGAAAAGAAACCCACAGCAGGUGGAAAACAGAUCUAGAGCAAACCGGUCAGGUCCACACUUGUUUUUCUGGAAGAGAAGAAAGUACCUGAGGAUUGCCUUUUUUCCCCUUCGGUGAAUGAAAACUACUUUUAGCCUCAUCAUAAAGGAAGGACUAAAGAGAGGUAAAGACAAAUCUCGGUUUUAUUAGGAGAACUGAAGGGAAAGCCAGACAAUCUUUGUGAAGCGUCUGAAAAAAGCCUCCAUCCUGGUUUCUGAAGACAAAUCCUUUCAGAAUUCCAGCUGGAAUCACUGGCACAGUUAUAUUUUUAUAUUUAAGAUAUAUACCCCACUUUUUAAAGCAGCACUUGCCUUGUUUGUAAGCAGGAGUGACAAGAAAGUGUCAAUACAAAGUAGGACUGUUUUCAGUUUUCCCUUUUAUCUGCUUGUCUCUUUUAGAGGUCGGAGUGGAGUGGUCCCUAUUUCGGAAAAGGGCGUUUUAAUUUAAAAGUCCUUUUCUCUCUACAUACACAUAUUUACCAGUAUACGAAUUUAGAAAGAGAUAGCUUUUGAAGGUUGAAAUCUUACUGAGAAAAAUGGCAAAAGGAGCCAGGCACCGAAACAACACUGAGAAGAACCACCCAGGUGGGAGCAAGCCGGAGGCCAGCCCCGAGGCCGGUGCCGGAGGGGGCGGAGUAGCCCUGAAGAAAGAGAUCGGAUUGGUCAGUGCUUGUGGUAUCAUUGUAGGGAACAUCAUCGGCUCCGGAAUCUUUGUCUCACCAAAGGGCGUGCUGGAGAAUGCUGGCUCCGUGGGCGUAGCCCUUGCCGUCUGGAUCGUGACGGGUGUCAUCACGGCCGUGGGAGCCCUCUGCUAUGCUGAGCUGGGGGUCACUAUCCCUAAAUCUGGCGGUGACUACUCCUACGUCAAGGACAUCUUUGGAGGACUGGCUGGGUUCCUGAGGCUGUGGAUCGCUGUGCUGGUGAUCUAUCCCACUAACCAAGCUGUCAUCGCCCUCACCUUCUCCAACUACGUGUUGCAGCCGCUCUUCCCUACCUGCUUCCCCCCAGAGUCCGGCCUACGACUCCUGGCUGCCGUCUGCUUAUUGCUCCUCACAUGGGUCAACUGCUCCAGCGUGCGGUGGGCCACCCGGGUUCAAGACAUCUUUACGGCUGGGAAGCUCCUGGCCUUGGCCUUGAUCAUCAUCAUGGGGGUUGUACAGAUAUGCAAAGGAGAAUUCUUCUGGCUGGAGCCAAAGAAUGCAUUUGAGAAUUUCCAAGAACCUGACAUUGGCCUUAUCGCCCUGGCUUUCCUUCAGGGCUCUUUUGCCUACGGAGGCUGGAACUUUCUUAAUUACGUGACUGAGGAACUUGUGGAUCCCUACAAGAAUCUUCCCAGAGCCAUCUUCAUCUCCAUCCCACUGGUCACAUUUGUGUAUGUCUUUGCCAAUGUCGCGUAUGUCACUGCAAUGUCCCCCCAGGAGCUGCUGGCAUCAAAUGCAGUCGCUGUGACUUUUGGAGAAAAGCUCCUAGGGGUCAUGGCUUGGAUCAUGCCCAUUUCCGUGGCUCUGUCCACAUUUGGAGGAGUUAAUGGGUCUCUCUUCACCUCUUCUCGGCUGUUCUUUGCUGGAGCCAGAGAAGGCCACCUUCCCAGCGUGCUGGCCAUGAUCCACGUGAAACGCUGCACCCCAAUCCCAGCUCUGCUCUUCACAUGCCUCUCCACCCUGCUGAUGCUGGUCACUAGCGACAUGUACACACUCAUCAACUACGUAGGCUUCAUCAACUACCUCUUCUACGGUAUCACAGUUGCUGGACAGAUCGUCCUUCGCUGGAAGAAGCCUGACAUCCCCCGUCCCAUCAAGAUCAGCCUGCUGUUCCCCAUCAUCUACCUGCUCUUCUGGGCCUUCCUGCUGAUCUUCAGCUUGUGGUCGGAACCAGUGGUGUGUGGCAUUGGCCUAGCCAUCAUGCUGACAGGAGUGCCUGUCUAUUUCUUGGGUGUAUACUGGCAACACAAGCCUAAGUGUUUCAAUGACUUCAUUGAGUCACUAACCCUGGUGAGCCAGAAGAUGUGUGUAGUCGUGUACCCUCAGGUGGAAGAGGAGUCAGGGACAGAUAGGGCAAGUGAGGACAGGGAGGAGGAGCAGCAGCUGCCAAUCUACCAACCCACUCCCACCAAGGAUCAUGACUCAGAGGAACAGCCCGAGCCCUGAGGAUCAUCAUCACCCCAACUGGCUACUCCCUCCUUCUGGUUUCUGCCUGGGUCCCCCCAGAACACACACACAUACACUUCUACUUCUGUCGAGCAGGGCAGGACCUGGGUUUGAGUGGUGAAAAAUUACAAAGACGACAUUGAUAUUUAUACCCAAAGAACCAGCCUCUCACCCCAGGGCCCAUGUGCAAGGUCUCCACACCAGAGCUGUCCACACUCCAAGCAUUAAAGGAGAGUGGACAUGCCAAGGGUGCCCUACAGGGCCCUGCCUCUUGGGCCCACACCCCUAGGUGCCUCUAAGGGACCUGAGUUCACUACUGCCUUCCCUUCCCCAUUCCUGAGCCCAAGAAAUGCCUCAGUUCAGAGAGCAGUGGCAACCUUAGUGAGUUGGUCAGGGAAGACAGACUUAAGUGAAUCUGUCACAACUAACUAUCAGCUGGAAAGACUCAAACCCCUCUUUGUUCACCAGGGACCCAAAAGUCAGAGGGGAUGCUUUCCUCCGCCCUCUUCCCCACUAUAUCCCAGCACCCUCCUCUCAUCCUGUCCCAGAAAGGUUCCUUUCAAGACACCUCCUCCCAACUGAGCUAUGGACCAAGAAGGAGGCCUACCCCCUCUCCCAGCCCCAGGCCAGGCCUGUGGAACACACCAGGAAAGGCUUACAUUGCAGAAACCCAGCCCUGCCCCUGCCUCCUGCAUCCUCCCCCCAAUAUGGUGCCAAAGCUUCUUGAAGCCAGAAAGGCUUAUUACUCUCAGUGUAGUAGAAAUGUCUCUCCUAGUGACAAAACUGCUCAGCUGUUUUGCUCCCUCCCCACCCAUUGGAGAGGAGCAGUGAUCCUCUUACCCCUGGAAGCUGUGCCCUCAACACACUCUCACAGAGCCAGUACUGCCAGCUGUCCCCCACCAUGCCCUUUCCCUCCCCUGAACCUUGACCUGGGGUCCAGGUGUGAAGGAUUUGCAAGCCCUUCAGGCCUGAAAUGAGAGCCAAACCAGCUUAAAGUCACUCCCAUCCAAGAAUAGGGCCUAAAAAUAUUCUUAUUUCUAACACCCAGGACAGACCUGGUGUUAAAUGCCUUCCCUGGGAGGAAGGUGCUUUCCUACCUUCCCAGGGCUGCCAUUCCACAACCUGGGGACUAUGUGGGGAGAGUGUUUUGUAAAGGCCUGUUUCUCUCACCCCUACUCCCAACUCAAAUGACCCUCCCUCCUUUCUGGUCUCACCACCGUCCCAUCUGGGGACAGGAUGAGAGGUCAGUGGCAGAACAGCAACCACUUUGGAGAUCCUGAGAAAAACACCUUCCCAAAGGAAGGUGAUGGUGUUUGCCUGGCCUCAAAGCUUCCCCAGCUACACCUGCUACCCCUCCCAUUCCAUCUGCUUAAACCACAAUACCCAGAGGACCCCUCUUGGCUUGGGUCAGAUCUCCCAGCUUCCCACCAGCUUAUCUGACCCCCAAAUAGUGAGAGGCUGAGUUAUGGCUUUUAAAGUGGACCCCAGACGGGCUGGAGCAGGCCUCUGGAGGACCAGGGGACCAUUUUUCUGUUCCCUCUCUUCUCAUUCCUCCAGUCUCCUCCCUCCUUCAAUUAUUUUUUUGUAAAGUAGAUGCCUUACUUUUUGGAUAAAUAUUUUUGAAGCUGGUAUUUCUGUUUCUUUUGGAUUUGUUAAAUAUAAGGUUGUUUUGGGGGUGGAGUUAGAGCCCUUAUGAGAAUCUUCUGUCAUUGAGUUGGCUUAGGUUUCAGAGUUUUGUUCAUUUGUUUUGUGGAGGUAUUUUUUUCUUUUCAUGUAAUAAAACUUAAAAUGAAGUUGAUGGUGUUGAUAAUUAAAUGACCUUCUGAAACAG